AUCCAAUGGAAAGAUCUCCAAGAAAUGUUUGGCUGCAAAAAACAAGAUGCUGAGGAACAGUGUUUAUUAAAGAAGCUAAUUGAUCAAGAAAUCAAGUCUCAGGAGGAGAAGGAGCAAGAAAAGGAGAAAAGGGUCACCACCCUGAAAGAGGAGCUGACCAAGCUGAAGUCUUUUGCUUUGAUGGUGGUGGAUGAACAGCAAAGGCUGACGGCACAGCUCACCCUUCAAAGACAGAAAAUCCAAGAGCUGACCACAAAUGCAAAGGAAACACAUACCAAACUAGCCCUUGCUGAAGCCAGAGUUCAGGAGGAAGAGCAGAAGGCAACCAGACUAGAGAAGGAACUGCAAACGCAGACCACAAAGUUUCACCAGGACCAAGACACAAUUAUGGCGAAGCUCACCAAUGAGGACAGUCAAAAUCGCCAGCUUCAACAAAAGCUGGCAGCACUCAGCCGGCAGAUUGAUGAGUUAGAAGAAACAAACAGGUCUUUACGAAAAGCAGAAGAGGAGCUGCAAGAUAUAAAAGAAAAAAUCAGUAAGGGAGAAUAUGGAAAUGCUGGUAUCAUGGCUGAAGUGGAAGAGCUCAGGAAACGUGUGCUAGAUAUGGAAGGGAAAGAUGAAGAGCUCAUAAAAAUGGAGGAGCAGUGCAGAGAUCUCAAUAAGAGGCUUGAAAGGGAGACGUUACAGAGUAAAGACUUUAAACUAGAGGUUGAAAAACUCAGUAAAAGAAUUAUGGCUCUGGAAAAGUUAGAAGACGCUUUCAACAAAAGCAAACAAGAAUGCUACUCUCUGAAAUGCAAUUUAGAAAAAGAAAGGAUGACCACAAAGCAGUUGUCUCAAGAACUGGAGAGUUUAAAAGUAAGGAUCAAAGAGCUAGAAGCCAUUGAAAGUCGGCUAGAAAAGACAGAAUUCACUCUAAAAGAGGAUUUAACUAAACUGAAAACAUUAACUGUGAUGUUUGUAGAUGAACGGAAAACAAUGAGUGAAAAAUUAAAGGAAACUGAAGAUAAAUUACAAGCUGCUUCUUCUCAGCUUCAAGUGGAGCAAAAUAAAGUAACAACAGUUACUGAGAAGUUAAUUGAGGAAACUAAAAGGGCGCUCAAGUCCAAAACCGAUGUAGAAGAAAAGAUGUACAGCGUAACCAAGGAGAGAGAUGAUUUAAAAAACAAAUUGAAAGCAGAAGAAGAGAAAGGAAAUGAUCUCCUGUCAAGAGUUAAUAUGUUGAAAAAUAGGCUUCAAUCAUUGGAAGCAAUUGAGAAAGAUUUCCUAAAAAACAAAUUAAAUCAAGACUCUGGGAAAUCCACAACAGCAUUACACCAAGAAAACAAUAAGAUUAAGGAGCUCUCUCAAGAAGUGGAAAGACUGAAACUGAAGCUAAAGGACAUGAAAGCCAUUGAGGAUGACCUCAUGAAGACAGAAGAUGAAUAUGAGACUCUAGAACGAAGGUAUGCUAAUGAACGAGACAAAGCUCAAUUUUUAUCUAAAGAGCUGGAACAUGUUAGAAUGGAACUUGCUAAGUACAAGUUAGCAGAAAAGACAGAGACCAGCCAUGAACAACGGCUUUUCAAAAGGCUUCAAGAAGAAGAAGCUAAGUCAGGGCACCUCUCAAGAGAAGUGGAUGCAUUAAAAGAGAAAAUUCAUGAAUACAUGGCAACUGAAGACCUAAUAUGUCACCUCCAGGGAGAUCACUCAGUCCUGCAAAAAAAACUAAAUCAACAAGAAAACAGGAACAGAGAUUUAGGAAGAGAGAUUGAAAACCUCACUAAGGAGUUAGAGAGGUACCGGCAUUUCAGUAAGAGCCUCAGGCCUAGUCUCAAUGGAAGAAGAAUUUCCGAUCCUCAAGUAUUUUCUAAAGAAGUUCAGACAGAAGCAGUAGACAAUGAACCACCUGAUUACAAGAGCCUCAUUCCUCUGGAACGUGCCGUCAUCAAUGGUCAGUUAUAUGAGGAGAGUGAGGAUCAAGACGAGGACCCUAAUGAUGAGGGAUCUGUGCUGUCCUUCAAAUGCAGCCAGUCUACUCCGUGUCCUGUUAACAGAAAGCUAUGGAUUCCUUGGAUGAAAUCCAAGGAGGGCCAUCUUCAGAAUGGAAAAAUACAAACUAAACCCAAUGCCAACUUUGUGCAACCUGGAGAUCUAGUCCUAAGCCACACACCUGGGCAGCCACUUCAUAUAAAGGUUACUCCAGACCAUGUACAAAACACAGCCACUCUUGAAAUCACAAGUCCAACCACAGAGAGUCCUCACUCUUACACGAGUACUGCAGUGAUACCGAACUGUGGCACGCCAAAGCAAAGGAUAACCAUCCUCCAAAAUGCCUCCAUAACACCAGUAAAGUCCAAAACCUCUACCGAAGACCUCAUGAAUUUAGAACAAGGCAUGUCCCCGAUUACCAUGGCAACCUUUGCCAGAGCACAGACCCCAGAGUCUUGUGGUUCUCUAACUCCAGAAAGGACAAUGUCCCCUAUUCAGGUUUUGGCUGUGACUGGUUCAGCUAGCUCUCCUGAGCAGGGACGCUCCCCAGAACCAAUAGAAAUCAGUGCCAAGCAUGCGAUAUUCAGAGUCUCCCCAGACCGGCAGUCAUCAUGGCAGUUUCAGCGUUCAAACAGUAAUAGCUCAAGUGUGAUAACUACUGAGGAUAAUAAAAUCCACAUUCACUUAGGAAGUCCUUACAUGCAAGCUGUAGCCAGCCCUGUGAGACCUACCAGCCCUUCAGCACCACUGCAGGAUAACCGAACUCAAGGCUUAAUUAACGGGGCACUAAACAAAACAACCAAUAAAGUCACCAGCAGUAUUACUAUCACACCAACAGCCACACCUCUUCCUCGACAAUCACAAAUUACAAUCAAGGAGGUAUGCAAGCGGAGAAUCCCAGCACGGAUCCCUAAACCGAAAUCUACAGGCAUCACCAAGAUUUCCACUAAAGCCUCCACAGUGCCUAUGGAUAAGCCUAUUUACCAAAAUGGCUGUGGGAAGCUACACAUCGUGAGAACUGUCACCUCCAACACCUUCCUCCACGUGGGAGGGAGAAGGUAACUCAUACCAAUGCACUGCCUGGAUACAUUCAUCUACAGAAAUAUGUGGAAAGCUAAAAUUACCACUAUGAAAGGCCAAAGGACCACCUCUCCAGGAAAUGGUGAAGCAGCUUGGUGGACCUGAUGAAGAUCAUCCCCCAAAAAGCAGCACGUCUACAAUUAUUAUACUUCUAUAUGUGUAUAUGCACAUACAAACACUCGCAGGCCUAGACCCACACCCAAAUCUACCCAUUUCCUCAUCCGACAUAUAAUCUAACCCAAAGAUGAACUAUCUAGAAUCAGCCUGGGAUAGGACUGAAUUCACUAGAACAGUUCAAGAGUUUUCUGGUGAAAACAGAAGUAAUUCUUCAUUCUACAGAACUUUGCUGAUUAAUCAUAUUUUGCUAAGAAAAGGUGAUAGCAAAAAUUCCUAAUCUGAGUCAAGAAAAUCAGAUUAUUUCCAUCAAGAUGACAGGACAAUUAAAAUCACACUUUAAGGUCUAAAACUAUGAUUUCUUUAUGACCAGGAGGAAAAAAGCAAAGUGAUAAUUCUUAAAGGAGGAAAAGCAUAACAAAAGUGAAUAACAGCCAAAUAUAUCCUUUGUGCAGAAUACCUGACAAUCACUGGUGUAGUAAGCAUACCUGACCACUGGCACUUAGUCUCAGUAACAUUGAGAUAUUUUAGGGAGAUAUGAAUCAAUAUUCCAGGUGCUCGAAAAAAUACAGAAUUUAUCAUCUCACAGGACAUUGUUUAUUCAUAUCUCUUCUCUGAAUAAACACUAUCGAAAAUCAGUUGAUUCAACAAAAGCUUGGGGUUAGGAGAGUCAAAUUCCAAUCCUAGAUUUUCAUUCAUAUGACAACGAGCUUUGUAUUCAUCAAUCUAAGCCUUGAGUUUCCACAUGUAAAACAGGAAAGUGAAAUAAUUCCUCAGGUCCCUUCCAGUUCUGAUAACCUAUGAAUAUGCCCAACUAUUAAUACCAAAUGUUGAAUUCAAACAGUCAUCUAUAAGGGUAGACACAGUCCCCUGGCAGAAAGCUAAAGCAAUUCUUUACAUCACACUGAAAACUCUCUCAUUGAAUUGAGAGAAAGGUGUGCCUGUAAUUCAGUGUGGACAGAGUAAUACAGGACAUUUUAAGACAAGGCAUGUUUGACACAAAAGGCAGUUCAAAAAACAUUUCAAAAAGCUUCAAUAGAGGGGGGAAAAAAUCAAUGGAAUGACACUAAACAUUUUUUGUGAUCCUUCACUAAAAACUGGAAGCAUGACCCUGGAAGAAAUCCUCAUGGUUAAGGACUGCUUUAGCCAGCUGCCCUGGGUUGGAGCCAGCAGAGCAAGAGUAAAGGAACUCCCAUUCCCCAUACUUAUCUAACUAAGUCCACCUCAUUGCACUAAUGCCACUGUACAAACACCCCCAGGCCCCUGCAAUUUCAAGGAGGAGAAGGAGCUAGAGGCCUGGGCAGCAUUGAAAGGGAUGAUGGGCAGCACUGAGAGGGAUGAUGGGCAGCAUUGACAGGGAUGAUGGGCAGCAUUGACAGGGAUGAUGGGCAGCAUUGACAGGGAUGAUGGGCAGCAUUGACAGGGAUGAUGGGCAGCAUUGACAGGGAUGAUGGGCAGCAGUCCCAGCAGGCAAGUGGCAGAGGGCAGUAGGGGGAGGUCAAGUGAAUUAAAAGCCUGAAAUGGAAAAGUCUAAGUGAAAGGAAAGCAGGAAGAGAAUAGUAGAAGGGGAUGGACUACAAAAGAAGGUGAAGACUGGGCAUGGUGGCUCACGCCAGUAACCCCAGCACUUUGGGAGGCUGAGGUGAGAGGAUUUCUUGAGGCCAGGAGCUCAAGACCAGUCUGGGCAACUUGGCAGACCUUGUCUCUCCGAAAAGAAAAAAAAAAAAAAAAAAAGCCAGGUGUGGUGGUGCACACCUGUAGUCCUAGCUAAUUAGGAGGAAGAGGCAAGAGGAUUGUUUGAGCCCAGAAGUCUGAGGCUGCAGUGAGCAUGAUCACACCACUGCACUCCAGACUGACUGACAGAGCAAGACCUUGUUUGUGGAAAAAACAAAAAAAAAAAAGGGUGCAGUGAUGAAGCUCUAACAUCAAAAAAAAAAAAAAAAAAAAAAACACACGUAUGUAGAGAGUGCUUAGUAUUGUGCCUCACAUAGAGCAGGUAUUUGAUAAAUCUAGAGUGAAUAGAGAAUGAGUAAAUGAAGAAGAGAAGGCCAUUCAGUCAAGACAUUUUCUCACUUGAGAAAACAUGCUAAGAGAUAGCAAUGGUAUGACAGGGUUAGGAAAAGUAGUUAUGCCCAGGUGACAUUCAACAUUGGUAAUUAUGCUAAUAGAAAAAAAACCCACUGGAAUCCCUCAGUGAAAACCAAACAGGUUGAAAAGAAGCAUAAAACAGGAAAAACAACAUGCACUAACAAUAGUCCCAGAAAAACAAAAUACCUUGGGAAAAAUUUUACUCUGAAAUGAAGCACAAAAUAUGUUGUAUGUUGAAGCUUUCAAAAUUGUUUUCUCCCACGUCAGGAGACUUCCUAAAGUACAUUUUUAUCCAAGCUAGCAUAAGUUUAAGAGGAAGCACAAAAAGAGGGACAAGAUAGUAUACAAAGUACUAAAAAAUUUAGGUAGAAGCCAGGCACAGUGGCUCACGCCUGUAAUCCCAGCACUUUGGGAGUCCGAGGCGGGUGGAUCACCUGAGGUCGGGAGUUCGAGACCAGCUUCACCAACGUGGAGAAACCCCGUCUCUACUAAAAAUGCAAAAUUAGCCGGGCAUGGUGGCGCAUGCCUGUAAUCCCAGCUACUCCGGAGGCUGAGGCAGAAGAAUCUGCUUGAACCUGGGAGGCAGAGGUUGCAGUGAGCCGAGAUUGCGCCAUUGCACUUCAGCCUGGGCAGUAAGAGCAAAACUCCGUCUCAAAUUAAAAAAAAAAAAAAUUUGCGUAGAAAAAUGUUGACACUUCUAUGGGAACCAGCAGAAACUCAUCUUUAAAUGGUAAUGCAGUUCUAAUCCCAUUAAGACAAAAGUCUUCAAAGUAAAGUUACAUUGGCCGGGUGCGGUGACUCACACCUAUAAUCCUAGCACUUUGGGAGGCCAAGGCGGGCAGAUCACAUGAGGCCAGGAGUUUGGGGCCAGUCUGGUCAACAUGGCGAAAUUCCAUCUCUAUUAAAAACACAAAAAUUAGCUGGGCUUGGUGGUGCAUGGCUGUAAUCCCAGCUACUCAGGAGGCUGAGGCACGAGAAUCACUUGAGUCUGGGAGGCAGAGGGUGCAGCAGGCCAAGAUCAUGCCACUGCACUAUAGCCUUGGUGACAGAGUGAGACUCUGUCUCAAAAUAAUAACAAUAAAUAAAGUUAUAUUUUAACAAAAGGAUUAACAACCAAAAACCAUGCUUGUUUCAAGCAAUAUGUAUUAAUAAUAUAAUAAAAAUGCAAAUACAACUAUAAAGUGAGAAUACUAUUUGGAGUUCAAAACAGUAAUGUCUGACCUAUAUGUAACACAACUGAAAUAUAAAGAAUCUUUCCUCCUGGGCAUGUUGUUUCCGCAGAAGUGUGGCCUCUGAAGAACAAUGAAAAUAAAAGAAGCUGACCUAAUAAUUCUAGAGUGAUUUCACCUGAUGAACUGUUUUAAAGUAAGCAGAUAAAAAUCCAAGUGAGUGAAAACAAAUCCAAUUUGUAACAAAAAUGUUAAAAACCUGAUACUUUUAAGCUGAAGUCUUUUCCUGGUCCUUCAUUUAUUUACCUUCAAGGUUUCUGAACUAAUCUUGAGAUAUUUUAGAAUCAAAUAUCUGAUUUUAACAGAUAUGUGACUGGUCUAAUACAUAGCUGAUAACUACUAAGUAACGGAGUAACUAAGGUAAAACACAAUUCUCUCUGGAUUUGUUUCAAAUUUCUUCUCCUGAAGACACGUGACAUACAAUUCACGAUGUGACUUUGAGUUUGGGGCAGCGUUUGCAAACUGCGGUUCACAGGCCAAAUUCAACCCAUGGUGAAAGUUGAAAAUCAAAAUAAGACUACUUUGUGACGUGAAAAUUACAUAAAAUUCAAAUAUUGUUGUCCAUAAAUAAAAUUUUAUUGGAACACAGCCAUACUCAUUCGUUUACACAUUUAUUUUCUAUGACUGCUUUUACACUGCAACAGCAGUUAUGACGGUGAUGACUGGACCCGCAAAACCUAAAAUAUUUAUUAUCUGGAUUUAUAUGAAAAAAGUUUGCUGACCUCUGGUCUAGUGUGAACUAGAACAAGGAACUCAGAAAUAGGAAUUUAAGAGCUUGAUCAACUACUUUUUAUAAGCAAAUAUUAGCCAUUUAAAAAUCAAUUAAGAAUUCUAUGAAAGCUGACAAAAAUGGGGAAACUAUAUUUCAAGCUGUGAUAUAUUUAGUAAAAUGUAUAAUUCUAUGAAUGCAUCUGAAGUGUUCCACUAAAUAACAUCAGAUUAACAACAGAUAAAAGACUUGUGCUGGGCCGGGCUCUGUGGCUCACACCUGUAAAUCCUAGCACUUUGGGAGGCGGAGGCAGGCGGAUCAUGAGGACAGGAGAUCGAGACCAUCCUGCCUAACGUGGUGAAACCCCCCUCUACUAAAAAUACAAAAAAUUAGCCAGGCAUGGUGGCAUGCACCUGUAGUCCCAGCUACUUAGGAGGCUGAGGCAGGAGAAUCGCUUCAACUCAGGAGGCGGAGGUUGCAGUGUGCCAAGAUUGCGCCACUGCACUCCAGCCUGGGGGACAAGAGCAAAACUCUGUCUCAAAAAAAAAAAGAAAAAAGAAAAAAAGAUUUGUGCCACAAAAUGAUAUAUUAAUAUUGAAUCUGAGGGAGGAAAUGGAAGUUAUGUAUAGGCCUUCCACAUUUAUGAGUCGUAUUUUUCAAGAGAUUCAUGGACAUUUAGCAAAAUUAUAGCAGGAACUACCUGACAUGCAAUUUAGGGAAAUAUGCAUAAAUUUCCACCUUUAAAUGUUCGUAAUUGUUGUCAAGAACCACUCAUUUAAUCAUCUGAAAGAAUUGUGGAAAUUAUAUGCAGUAAAUUAAACCAGACCAUGAAGGUUAUCUAAGUGUCCAUCUGUUACGGCCUUCAAGUGUAGAGCAAUGACUAAUAACAUAGUCAUUUUUCUCCCUCCUCUUUCUUCUUUCCUUCCUCUUGCUUUUUAAAUUCAUCCUGCCCCUGUGUUUUGCCCCUGAAUAUCUGUCAAUACUAUUUGCAUUUUGACUGAACCACAUCAAUGUGUAAAUCCUGUAAUGUAAGCUGAUUAUGUUUUUUCCCUCUAAUUCUGGUACAGUGUCUAAAACAAGGCUAAGCAUGAGAGCUUGACAAAUGAUUAUGAAAACAACAUGCCCAGAAGUCGAUCCUCUGUUGUGUGUUAUUAACAUCUCCUACAAAUAUUCCAAGUCUGAAUUUUAUAUGUAGAGACAAUGCCUUACAACAUCUACAAUGCAAGACUGUCUACAUGUAAAACUAAUACUGUAAAGGUUUAACUGUGGUGUGAAAAAAGAAAAAACACAAAACAAAAAAACCUGGGUACUUGGGUUUAAAGAAAAGAUCCAAGGUGCUCCCCUACUCCAUUUCCAGAAGGAAUUCACCAUGGAUAAAGCAAUAUAAUUUGAAGAAUAUACCACAAAAUGAUAUUACAACAAAAAUAUUUACAAAGCUCAUUUCAGCAAUCCCAAAAAGAAUAAGCACAUUGAUUCUAGGUGACAAAAGCUGUCACCAGUAAAAAUUACAGGCUUACUUACAAAGAGUCUCUUGUCCUCUUUCCAAACGUAAUUUAUAAAAUUAAAUCCAAAUAUGGUUACAAUAAAAUGUUAGUAAGACACAGUUUUACAAGGACUACUAAUGUAAUUUUGAAAAGAGAAAAGCGGCAUUUGCCAAACCUGUCAAAAGCCUGGACAGGAGUUUGACAAAUCUGCUAGCAGAUCAAGGUUCUUUUGAUAAAGAUCUCCUAGGUUGAGGUCUUCAAGGUGUGACUACGAAAUAUUAAUAAUUAAUUGGUUAACUAACAAAUACUUAAUGAGUGCCUUCUCUGUACCCAGAUACUACUCUAGGCCCUGAAACUAAAGCAAACAAGACAAACAAAAUACCUGCUCACAUGGAGCUCUUACGGUCUAGUGCUGGGAAAAAGUAAUUAAUUUAACAAGGAAAAAUAAUAGUUGGUGCUAAGUGCUCUGCUGAGAAUUAUAAUAACAUAAUAAUUUAAUAGAUAUUGUGAUAAUGUAAUAGAGCACCUAGAUAGUUACUCUAGACUGCCUGAUCAGGAAGUGCCGCUCUGAGUAGGUGACGUUUGAACUGAGUACUUAAUGUUAAGACAGAGCCAGCUGGCCGGGCCUAGUGGCUCAUGCCUGUAAUCCCAGCGUUUUGGGAGGCUGAGGUGGGCGGAUCAAGAGCUCAGGAGUUCGAGAUCAGCCUGGCCAACACGGUGAAAUCCCGUCUCUGCUAAAUAUACAAAAAUUAGCUGGGUGUGGUGGCAGGCGCCUGUAAUCCCAGCUACUCAGAAGGCUGAGGCAGGAGAAUCAUUUGAACUCAGGAGGUGGAGGAUGCAGUGAGCUGAGAUCGCACCACUGCACUCUAGCCUGGGCGACAGGGCGAGACUCCAGCUCAAAAAAAAAAAAAAAAAAAAAGAAAGCC